UGAAGAAAAAGUAGUACCGCGUGUUCUGGCAUCCGAUUCGUUUCAGGAGCAACAUGCUUUCCCAUCGAUGAAGAAAAAGCGAUCGACGAUAAAUUUCGUUUAGUUUACUCGAUGUUUGUGGACAUAGUGUGGGAGCUCUAGUGGGGGUCUAGUAGGGUUUAUAUAGACUGUGCGAAGAGACGUUAUCGGUUUUUCUUCACAAACGCGUCCCAAUGGAAACUAAAAUUGCAAGAUUUUCCAGUGUUCUCGGGAUCUUCCUUCUGUUCGCCUGCUUCUUGCAAACCGAAGCGGCAUUUAAUCCCGAAAGUUUCGAACAAAAACUAUUAGCCUUAGAUAAGGUUCUCACUUACAUUAAUGAUAGAACAGAGCAAAUGAACGUGGACGUCACUUAUGGCGUUACUUUAAGUGAAGUUAACUUGAUGGCAGCACUUAACAAUGAUAAUAUACAAUAUUUGGAAAACAAAUUCUUUGUUUUUCUCAAAGAAAUGCUCAUGUUAUCCGAUUUUACUCGAAGAAAUUUGAUGAAUAAUGUUGUCCCGACAAGCGAGAUCGAACUUUCGCUGCAAUCGGGUUUAAACAAUGUUAACUUGUGGAUAAAACCUAUAUGGUGGACGAGGAUCUUUCCAAAAAAUAAACCCACUCCCAAUUGGGGAUUAAGCUAUGAGCAAGUCAUCGAAUCCAUUCAACAUGGAUGGCCAAAUGAAUUCAACAGCGAUCAAUGUUUGUUCAAAAUUAUGCAAAGCGGUUUAAAUAAGAAGUGUAAAAUUCCUCAGACUUGCACCGAAGGAUUGAUCAAGCAUGAUAACGUUACAGGAUAUUCUCUCACUCAUAGGUUGCUUAUAAUCCAAACCGCUCAAAGAUUUGGAUGUCAAGAGACUGCAUCGUUGCCAUUUUCAUAUUUGAUACCUGCGUUUUGCGCCAGAAUUUUUCAGGACCUCGUUAAUCUUGAAGCGUGGAAUUUCCCAAACGUCUCACAAGACCUCAUGAUUGAACAAAUUAUUUUAUGCGGAAUGGAAGGCUAUUAUGAAUUUCUCGAUAAACAUUAUGAGGAUUUGAUAUUAAGCUGGCCUCAUUGGAGCGGUUGCUUUAAGUUAGAAAGAAUUUCUGAGAAGCUCAAGAUGACUCCGCGAGCGUCAUCAUUGACUGACUUCGGAUGUAAUAAUCAUAUGACAAGUCUUGGCGCGGCGAGCCUUGCUUUAUUUAUCCGAGAAAAUAUAGAAAAUGAACUCGGUCCUUAAAGUUUCAAGAAGAUUUUCUUAUCAAAUGCUUAUACUUUCUUCACAAAUCUGAUUCUCUUCAUUAAAUUCUUUUAUUAAGAUGAUAAUCGUUUGAUUAAGAAAUAGCCAAUUUAUAUUGCUUAAAAAAUAUUUAACUGAUAUUUUUUGAAACAAAACAUGCGAAAAAUGUAUGUCGUAAAAAGAAAUUCUGAAAAAAGUUAUGCAAUUAUCAGGGCUGUAACGCAUUCUACUGUGUGACGAAAAGAAAAUAAUCUAUAUUUAUCAUAAAUAAUAUUAUAAGACAAGAAUAUUUGAAAUAUGGCACGAAAGGGAAAAAUGAGAGUAAGAGUUUAAAAUAAAAUAAAGUAUAAAAAUUCAUUCUUUAUA